AUGCUUAUUCGUAAUUUUUUAGGUGGACAUUUCGAAGGUGAUAUAGUUAUUCCUCGAAUGCCUAGAGGCGUGGUAAAGGCUGGUGAUGAUGUACGUUGGCCAAAUGGAAUUGUACCGUAUACUAUUUCGUCAGAUUAUAGCUUCUAUCAUGAACAAUCACGACCAGAUCGCGAUGAUUACGUCAAAGUCAUUUGGGAGAAUAUAAUACCAGGUUAUACAAAUUUUUUUUCAUUACAAUUGUUAUUUAAAAGUAAUUAA